AUUAUUCUUUUUCUUUACUGCACAUCGUCUUCGCUCUCUAGGGUUCCGAGAAACUCUAACACACACAGGGACAGCUCACCCAAAAAUGGCGUCUAAAACCCUAGUUCGGACCGGAGCUUCUCUGAUGAAUCGAUUGUUGAAUCCAUUGCUUCAGCAACAGCAGAAGAACACGAGCUCAAACCAUCUGAUUGCAUCGAGCUGCCUCGAAAUCACUCCCAUGAUUUUCCCACCUUCUCUCUCCAAGUUCCAGACCUCUCUCAAUUUCCCCCACAACGACUCCGAUCCCCUCAAAAGACUUUCUUUCGAUGGAUUUCUCUACCCCUCCGGCCUUCCUUCUCUCCGAUUCUUCUUACCCGACGUGGAUGGGCCUUCAUCAAGUGAUCCAAUGCUUUUGUUCCCCAAACGAACAUACCAACCUAGUGUCAUCAAGAGGAAGAGGACGCAUGGAUUCUUGGCUCGCAAAGCAACCAAGGGUGGGCGGCGGGUCAUUGCACGAAGAAUCGCAAAGGGUCGGUCGAGAAUCACAGCAUAGCUGCUUGUUAAUUUUAACUUGGAUUCAACUCUUAGGGGCUUGCUUUGUAAGAGCGAGCAAACUCUGAAUGUCUUGAAGGUUAUUGAGUAAAGUAAAACUGAGCCUUAAUUUUAUGGGCUCACUUGAAUUGUUCGUUUUAUAAUUAUGCCCUUUAUCUUCGCCGCAGUUUAUUACUCAAUUUUUGUUAUUGUUAGUAUCUUAACAGGGUUUUAUUUCACAUUUAUUUAUCUAUCAAUUAUGCAAUGUAGCUCUGUCAAGUCUAGUUUGGUGUCGAACUGUUGCAAAAUUGAUCACAAUAUCACAAGUUUUGGAUUGAUGUUUAUAGAUAA